AGAACACAAAGCACAAUGGAUGGAGUUCUGUAACUUUAUGGACAAACAGGCUAAGGAACGUCCUUAUCCCGAGUAUUUAUACCGAGCUCAUGUUCACGGCCACCCGUUUCCCCGAUUACUAGACGUUUUCAUGAGAGAAUAUGCUGAUAGCUUCGGUUCCGACUUUCAUAUUUGGGCUGAAUAUGACGCACAAUCGCAAAUAUUCGUCCCCAUACUUGAUCCGAUGGAGUCCUGGACCGUUGAUGACGUCUUCUCGGAGCUGAACCUUCAUCCAGGGAAGACAAGUGUUAAUCUCCAGCCAAAUUGUGAUGGAGAGGAACCAUUCUUAUCUUCUCUGGUCUCUCUUAGCAGUGACUUCCGUUGGACGGCGCAGAGAAUCUGUCGGGUUGGGAGGAUGACAAGCAAAGAUCAAAUACCUGGCUUGGCUAUCUGUAAAACGUCAAUGAUCGACCCUAGUGUGGUGCGUAUCUGGCGGGUAGCAGAGAUGCUUUUAUUUCGUGAUACAAUACUUUUGAAUAGCUCUGUUCAUAUUUCUCCACGCCUCCGCCGCUGGGCCACCAAUGCCCAGGAAUUUGUUUGUUGGCUCUUUGUCCCUCAGGAGGCAUUGAUUGCGUUUACUCCUUUUCCUAACCUAAUCGAAGCGUCCAAUGGCGGUGAAAGGGCCUUCUUGACGAAACAGUUUGUGGGCUCCAACUACCUGGGCGAUUUCAUGCGAUGUCCUUAUGUACAUCUCUCUCUGAGAGAGUAUGCAGAUAGAGCAUCAGAGUUUGUACGCAACAUCAUCACUGAUGUUUACUCUUUCGAGGAAGCGAAACAACGGGUUAUGUAUAUGAAAGUGGUGCUGUCAAACCCCUAUGCAUGGGGAUACGAGGUUUCCGGAGUUGCAGAAGACGUGGAGGAAGCAAUCAUGUUGUCCGUUGAAAAGGCACUGGAAACGACUUUCAUGAUAAAAUGACUAGGGGAUCCUCGAUUCUGAUGCAGGGAAACUGUUUGAACACAGAUCUUGUGUGUUGCAUGCCGCUGCAACUGCGCUUGACUUACUCUCUUUAUCUAUUACUUGCAGAUCCUCG